AUAACUCCUUGCCUUGUUCCGGUUCUCACUAUUCACGUCCUAAGAUGGCGGACCGGCGGCGAAGGAGGAGGCUCCGGGACAGCGAAGACGACGACGAAUCAGGUUCUGGUUCGGGUUCGGACAGCGGGAGGUCGGGAUCCCCGGUGAAUAAGACCUGGGAGAGACACCCUGACCCGGCGGAGGCCACAGUGGUCCGGACUGAAGCAAAGAAGGACACGGAGUCCGAGUGUGAGAGUGAAGAUGGGGUAGGAGAAGCUGUCCUGUCUGAUUACGACAGUGCAGAUCAAGAGGAAAACGGCUCUCAUUCAGAGGGAGUGGAAGAAGAAGAGGAGGCAGAGCAGUACAGUGAUGAAGAAGCUCCAGCAGUAGCCAGCGAGCCCAAACCCUCAGCUGCCGAUGGUCCGCCGCAGGGAGAGGAGCAGGGGGGUGAUGAAGAGGAGGAUGUGGCAGCAGCAGAGGGGCAGGGAGAAGUGUGCAGUAAAGAGGAGAACAAGGCUGAGCAAAAAGGAAAUCUAGCCGGAGAGAGACAGAGUGGUGAUGGACAGGAGUCCACAGAUGAUCCUGAGACGAAGGCUGGAGGAAAGCCUGGCCAGCAGCUUGAUGAUGAUGAGGACAGGAAGAACCCGGCCUACAUCCCCAGGAAGGGUCUGUUCUUCGAACACGAUGUCAGAGGGCAUGCUCAGGAGGAGGAGAGACCUAAAGGUCGAAACAGGAAGUUGUGGAAAGACGAGGGUCGCUGGGAGCAUGACAAGUUCAGGGAGGAUGAGCAGGCGCCAAAGAGCCGUGAAGAGCUCAUUGCCAUCUACGGAUAUGACAUCCGAAACGGUGGUGGCCAUGGAGACCGGCCGUACAGGCAGCGCAGGCCCAGACAGAAUGGUUCUCCCAGCAGAGACAAAUGGUGGAAGGAGGGAGGAGAGCGGCCAGUCAGAUCCUGGCAAAGUGGAGGAGGUCUGAAUAGAGGAGGAGCUCCUCCACCUUCAUCCAUCCACCCAUCCUCUAUAUCCCCCUCCUCUCACCCUGUCUCCUCUGCCCAGCGCAGCAGCAACCCCUCCAGGCCGCCUCUUUCCCGCAGCAGACCAUCCCACCAGAAUAAUGGCCCACCUCAAUCCCAUUACAGGAAUAAUGAAUCAAAUGUACCCCAGAUGUAUCCUAGAGAACGACAGGGCCCUAAAGCUCAGUCGGAUCACGCAGGAGACAGGAGUGUGGGUAGCAGGGGAGGGCGUAGGGGAAGAGGGGGCCCCUCUGUGGUCAUUGAGGACACUACAGUCAGCCAAGGAGGUGCUGGGGAACAGGACUCAAGCUUAAGUGUUGUAACGACAGCGGCAUCAUCUCAGCCGGGUGGUUACCAGUCUGCAUCACCGAGGCGACAGCAGCAGGAACAGCGGGGGAGUACUGACAGAUCAGUGUCUGGAUUAGCUGCUUCUCCCUCCACCUCUGACCCCUCUCUUCAGUCAUCAGCAACUGUGACCAAUCGGGAACCCUCUCCUCCCACAGAGCGGCCGGUGGAGCGUAAAUCUUAUUCACUGGCUCGUAGGACUCGUUCUCGGGCCGUAGACUUGGGUAGCAAACAGCCGUCUGUGGAGGAGUCUGCCACUGGAGGGAAUGCCACCUCCACUGGUGGCAUGGGAGGGAACGGCUGGACAGGAGGAACAGAUGGGCCGAGCCAGGCAGGAGAAGGAGGAGGAGGUGGAGGGCUGGCUGAGCUGGACCAGGACAUGGCACGAAUCAGUCUAGGAGGACAGACCUGGAGCCCAAGCCCGACAUCAUACAUCCACUCUGAGAUGAGAGGUCUACCCAACACCAUGCACAUCCCUGGCGGACCCCCUCAGUUCUCUAGCAUGGAGGAAAUGGGUGUUGGCUCCAGUCGGGCCAAACGCUACUCCUCCCAGCGUCAGAGAGCUGUCCCUGAGCCAACAGCGCCCAUGCACCUGGGAGUGAUGGAGGGACACUACUAUGAACCCAUGUCGUACCAGGGACCAAUCUAUGCCCACGGGGAUGCCCCCACCACAAUCCCACCACAAGGCAUGCUGGUCCAGCCUGAGAUGCACAUCCCCCACCCUGGUCUCCAUCCCCACCAAUCAGGUGGUCCAAUCGCUAACCCCGCCCUCUAUGGAGGCCCACCUGUAUCUCUGUCACCGGGGCAACCACAGCAACUGCUGCCACCUCCUUUCUACCCUCCGCCAGGCGUCGUGACCUUCCCCUACCCUGCCAUAUACCCAAACCCACAGGGUCAGUCCCAGGUGACCUACGGAGGCGUGACGUACUACGACACGAUGCAGCAGCAGGCUCAGCCCAAGCCUUCACCGCCCCGCCGCACGUCUCAGCCUGUCACCGUCAAGCCCCCCCCUCCAGAAAUGCCCCUCACCUCAGAGUGACCUCACCCCUCCCUGCCACCCAGUCUCAGCCUCAUUCUGAUCAGAAAACUACAGGAGCGGGGCGGGAGGUUCGGUGAGGAGCUGCGGUCGCCAAUAGCAACCACCAACAUUAAUGAGGGAGGGAUGGAUAGACAAAGGUGAAAAUGAACUCUGUAGGUGACCCACAACUUCAUUGUUGGAAUGUGGCUUUUCUCCUGUUUUUCUCUCCUCUGUUUCUGACACUGUAGCAGUCAGGCUGUCAGCCGUGUUCUGCGAGUCACAGAUUUGAUCCCACCAGCGUGUCUUUGAGCAACAGUGCUGAUGAUUCUCUUAAGUAAAAAAAAAAAAAAAAAAAAAAGGUCUGCCUGUAAAAUCGAUAAGUUCAAACCCUUUAGAGUCACUUGAUUUAACAUCGAGGGGUGGGACAGUCAGAUUCUGAGCUGUCAGGUAAUGUGUCGAAAUGUAAAUGUAGGGAUUAGAGCUGUAAAUGCCCCGUUUUAAAGUAUUUUGUUUUCAUGGUGAGGUUUCCUGUUAAAAUGGGAGUUUGACUGAAUCCCGGAAGCUGUUUGUUAAUGUAAACAGUGGGACACUCUAUUAUCCAUUUAUCUGAUCUGUUUCAGCUUUUAGUUUUAUUAUACAGAAAUCGGGAGGUAGAUGUGUUUUCAUUUUAACAAGGUACACACAAAGUAAAUAUAAAGCAGGUUUUGUCCGUAAUUCGAGGCAUGUUUGUGAGAAUCAGUUUUGUAUAUAGUUUGACUGCAGCUCUUUGUGUCAGUUUACAUGUUCAUAGCUGACCUGGUGCUUCCUAAAAACCUCCAGAUGUUACUAUCACGUUAAAGCUGGUUGGCGUUUGUUAGAUCUGGGUGCUCUUACACCUUAAGAGUUUUGCUUGCUUUGUUUGUUUCUUUGACUAAAUGAUUUUUUUUAACUUUACUAUAACUGACUCAAUCAGUUUACUACCCCUACCUUUUAGGCUUAUUACCUCUUAAAAUAAAGCAGUCUACUUGUGACCCCCGCUCACUGCAGGUGUCAGGAGUGAAGUUUUGACUUUUAAGCCUCUCAUACCAUCACCUAUCAGUCUAAUUUUAAUUCAUUUCUAACUCUCAAAAGGUAAAAUUAUCCUGUUUUUGUUUGUUUGUUUGUUUUUUCUUCCACAUAAAGGGCAAUAUUUGUGUAGUAGAGAACUACGUUGCACCAAGGGCUGUAACUAAUGAUAGUUUUUUAAAAAUGUCCACCAGUCCAAAGUGAAGUGUUCAAAUGAUAUUUUGUUUAACCAACAGUCGAAAACCCGGUGGUGUUUCGGUGGUGUUAAAUAAAGAGAGAAAGCCCAUUUACUCAUAAAGCUGCAUAAGUCAGAUGUUUAUAUACACUUAGGUCAUUAAAACUGAUUUUUUUGUUUGUUUGUUUAAAUCACUCCGCAGAUGUCAUGGUAACAAACUUUCAUUUUGGCAAGUUGGUUAGGUAGGACGUACUUUAUGCAAGUAAUUUUUCUAGCAGUUUAUAGAUUAUUUCACUUAUAAUUCACUAUAUCACAAUUCCAGUGGGUCAGAGGUUUACAAACACUCAGUUGACUGUGCCUUUAAACAACUUGGAAAAUUCUAGAAAAUCAGGUGAUGGCUUUAGAAGCUUCUCAUUGGCAAAUUGACAUCAUUUGAGUCAAUAGGAGGUGCAGCUGUGGAUGUAUUUUAAGGCCUACCUUCAAACUUAGUACCUUCUUGUUUGACAUCAUGGAAAAAUCAAAAGAAAUCAGCCAAGAGCUCAGAAAAAAUUGUGGACCCCCACAAGUCUGGUUCAUCCUUGAGAGCAAUUUCCAAACAUUUGAAGGCACCACAUUCAUCUGUACAAACACUACUACGAAAGUGUAAACAUCAUGGGACAACGGAGCCAUCAUAUCACUCAGGAAGGAGAUGCGUUCUGUCUCUUAGAGAUGAACGUACAAAUCAGCUCCAGAACAAUAGUGAAGACACUGGAGGAAACGGGUACCAAAGUAUCUGUAUCCACACUAAAGUGAGUCCUAUAUCUACGUAACCUGAAAGGCUGCUCAGCAAGGAAGAAGCCUCUGCUCCAAGACCGCCAUAAAAGAGCAGACUAUGGUUUGUAGCUGCACAUGGAAACAAAGAUCUUACUUUAUGGAGAAAUGUCCUCUGGUCUGAUGGGGAAAAAAAAUUUAACUGGCCAUAAUGACAAUCGUUAUGUCUGGAUAAAAAAAGGGGGAGGCUUGCAAGCUGAAGACCACCAUCCCAACCAUAAAGCAUGGGGAUGGCAGCAUC